GCACAUGAAUAUCUGUUAACGGACAAUUUAUCACCUGAGAUGAAACAUUCCAGCAUCCUGAUGUUUUAUAAGGAUUUCUUGCCUGUUACUUGACUUUUUGAGACAUUUUCGGACACUGCUUUUUAUUAUUAGUGUACUCUAUUGUUGCUACUGACAAAGCACAGCAUCGUCUCUCAUUGCCUCUGCGUUCUCCUUCCCCUAUUCCCCCGGUAAGACUCGGACUUCCUCGCUGCAACCAUGGUGGUGGGGAAGAUGAAGUUCCCCUUUCAAAAAAGGGUGAAGUUGGCCCAGGGACUGUGGCUCCUGUCCUGGUGUGCCACAGUGGCCGGGGCCAUCACUUUCACCCUGGGAUGCAUCCUCAAGAUAGAACUUCGCAGGAGGGCGGAGGUAAUGGAUAACACAGACAUACAUAUCGUGCCCAACACCCUUAUGAUCGUCGGUUUGGCCUCUUUGGGCAUCAACUACUUUGCUGGAAAGAUCUGUCAGGAUGCUCUGGAUGCCGGCAAAUUCCCCCGCUGGAAAACUUUCUUGAAGCCCUACUUUGCCGUCUCUUGUUUCUUCACUGUCCUCAUGCUCCUGGCUGUCAUCAUGAGCUAUGCGAUGAAGGGUAGUCUGGAGUCGUCUCUGAAGGUUGGCUUGAGGAACGGCAUCCGCUUCUACAAGGACACGGACACCCCAGGACGCUGCUUUCAGAAGCAGAACAUCGAUCGCCUGCAAAUGGAGUUCCAGUGUUGUGGAAACAAUGACUUCAGGGACUGGUUCGAGGUGCAGUGGAUCAGCAACCGCUACCUUGACUUCAGCUCAAAGGAAGUGAAAGACCGCAUUAAGAGCAACGUGGAUGGCCGUUACUUGGUAGAUGGAGUCCCAUUCAGCUGCUGCAACCCAAGCUCUCCUCGGCCAUGCAUUCAGUACCAGCUCACCAACAACUCAGCCCACUAUAAUUAUGAAUUCCAGACUGAGGAGCUCAACAUCUACCUCCGAGGCUGCAGGGAGGCCCUGGUCACCUACUACAUGGGCCUCAUGAACACCAUUGGUGCUGGAGUGCUUUCAGUCUUCCUCUUGCAGGGCUCUGUGCUGGUGAGCUUGCGGUUCUUGCAGACCUCCAUGGAAGCAGUGGCAGGAAAAGAAAAUACAGAGAUUGAAACAGAAGGGUACCUCCUGGAGAAAUCAGUGCACGACACCAUUAUGGAGUAUGUCGACCCAGUGCUUAAGUUCCUCCUAAUUAAAAACCAGGUUCAGGAGGGCGACGCCAAGGCCACUACAGGCGCCACUCCAGCUCCCUAAACCCUAAACCAUACACAUGCAAAUAGGUUUUACACCGAGGGGGGUACCAAUGAACAGUUGAUUAAAUCUGAAAUGAGAACAUGAAUCGAUAUGAAUUCCACCGAUGUAAGGAUAGUUAUAUGACCAGUUUUAACAUUUGGUCAGAUGUGAAGUGAAUUUGUAAUAGGUUAUGGUGUACUUUCCCAUUUAAAGGCUGGCAAAUAUACCCUUUCUAAUAACACAUGUAAUGUCAGAAAUCAUCUGUAGAAGUUAUUGAUUUGUUUUUGAGAUAUUUUGAAAUACUCCUUAAAAUGAAGUACAUGCUCUAAAAAACUGAGCAUAUUCUUUUGUAUUUCAGUUUUGCUUUUCAUGUUAUUUUCAUGAAACAUAAACCCUUCAUUGUUACAUUUGUUUACAGUUCCAAAAAUACACAAGUAUCUGUUAUCAGUGCUUUUGAGGUGACAUGCAAUGAACUCUGGUAAUUGUAUUCUCACAAUUCUUGACUGUCAAAAGCAAUAAAAACACAAUUUGAUGAGGCGGUGUACAAAAAAAUAAUUUUGGUCUUAAAAAAAAAGGAUGUAACGCUGAUUUUAGAGAGACAUGAGACACAAUGCUCUGCUGUGCAACUGGACUAUGACAAAAUUAAUCAGAUAAUUUAUUAAAGUUUGAGGUUACUAAAUGC